CCAAGCAGCUUCGGCACAAGUUCAUUUUGGUUUUUUUCCAUCCUCGAAGUUCACAGAUCGUACUCCCAACCGUAAUGCCAAGCCAACCAUGCCUUCACAUAAGACUUUCAUGAUCAAGAAGAAGCUGGCCAAGAAGAUGAGGCAGAACAGGCCUAUCCCUUACUGGAUCCGCAUGCGCACCGACAGCACCAUCAGGUACAAUGCGAAGCGUCGGCACUGGCGCCGCACCAAGCUAGGGUUCUAAGCUCUAUGAGUUUAUUUUAUUUCUAGACAUUUUAAUUUUUCCGUGGAUAUUGGAAACUAUUGGUUGAUGGCAA